CCCGCAGGUUGAUGGCAGCAGCAGCUGGGACCGCAGUGGCCCCGGCCCGGAGAGCCGCCCGCAGCGCCGGAGCGCAGCCCCACACCCGGCGGCCCCAGCGCCGCGGACACCGGAGCGGCAGUCCCGGCCGCUGCCGCCUACCUCGGAGCCAGCGCGCCCCCAGCUCCCUCCGCAGAGGACUCGCUGCGUGAGCGCCCCUCGCAGGACCAGUUUGCAGGACUAAGGACCGAAGGCGUUUCUGGGCACUGAGACCCUCCAUCCCUGCCCGAAGCCAUGAGCCGGCGCGUAGUUCGGCAGAGCAAGUUUCGCCACGUGUUUGGGCAGGCGGCGAAGGCUGACCAGGCCUACGAGGACAUCCGUGUGUCCAAGGUCACGUGGGACAGCUCCUUCUGCGCCGUCAACCCCAAGUUCCUGGCCAUCAUCGUGGAGGCUGGGGGCGGGGGGGCCUUCAUCGUCCUGCCUCUGGCCAAGACAGGACGAGUGGAUAAGAACCACCCACUGGUCACUGGGCACACUGCCCCUGUGCUGGACAUCGACUGGUGUCCACACAAUGACAAUGUCAUCGCCAGUGCCUCGGAUGACACCACCAUCAUGGUGUGGCAGAUUCCAGACUAUACCCCUAUGCGCAACAUCACAGAGCCCAUCAUCACGCUAGAAGGCCACUCCAAGCGCGUGGGCAUCCUCUCCUGGCACCCCACUGCCCGGAACGUCCUGCUCAGUGCAGGUGGUGACAACGUGAUCAUCAUCUGGAACGUGGGCACCGGGGAGGUGCUCCUGAGCCUGGACGACAUGCACCCGGACAUCAUCCACAGCGUGUGCUGGAACAGCAACGGCAGCCUGCUGGCCACCACCUGCAAGGACAAGACCCUGCGCAUUGUCGACCCCCGCAAGGGCCAGGUGGUGGCGGAGCGAGCCCGGCCUCACGGGGGCGCCCGCCCGAUGCGGGCCGUCUUCACCGCCGACGGGAAGCUGCUCAGCACCGGCUUCAGCAGGAUGAGCGAGCGGCAACUCGCGCUCUGGGACCCGGAGAGGUUUGCGGCCCACGAGGGGAUGAGGCCCAUGCGGGCCGUCUUCACGCGCCAGGGCCAUAUCUUCACCACGGGCUUCACCCGCAUGAGCCAGCGAGAGCUGGGCCUGUGGGACCCGAACAACUUCGAGGAGCCGGUGGCGCUGCAGGAGAUGGACACGAGCAACGGCGUCCUCCUGCCCUUCUACGACCCCGACUCCAGCAUCGUCUACCUGUGCGGCAAGGGCGACAGCAGCAUCCGGUACUUUGAGAUCACCGAGGAGCCGCCCUUCGUGCACUACCUCAACACGUUCAGCAGCAAGGAGCCGCAGCGGGGCAUGGGCUUCAUGCCCAGGCGGGGGCUGGACGUCAGCAAGUGCGAGAUCGCCCGGUUCUACAAGUUGCACGAAAGGAAAUGUGAGCCCAUCAUCAUGACGGUGCCCCGCAAGUCAGACUUGUUCCAGGAUGACCUGUAUCCAGACACGCCGGGGCCCGAACCGGCCCUGGAAGCGGACGAGUGGCUGUCGGGCCAGGACGCCGAGCCCGUGCUCAUCUCGCUGCGGGACGGGUACGUGCCCCCCAAGCACCGCGAGCUCCGGGUCACCAAGCGCAACAUCCUGGACGCGCGCCCGCCCUCCGGCCCCCGCCGCAGCCAGUCCGCCAGCGACGCCCCCUUAUCGCAGAACAUGCUGGAGACGCUGCUGGAGCAGGUCAAGGCACUGCGCGAGCAGGUGCAGGCGCAGGAGCAGCGCAUCACGGCGCUGGAGAACAUGCUGUGCGAGCUGGUGGACGGCGACUAGCGCCGCCGCGGCAGCUCCGACCCCGGAGGGCGAGGCCGCCGGGCGCAGGGCGCAGCUGCCCAGGCUUUGGGUCUGCAACUUGGGAGCCCGCCUCUGGGCUGGGCGCGGGACUGGGAAUGGAACUCCUUCCCUGGCGGGAAGCCUGGACAAGUGGAGCCUCGCGGGCGGAGACAGGUACCGCCGGCACCGCACCGCCGGCCGCCGCGCGGCGCGCCUCCUCCGGACUCGGCGGGAGCUGGCCGGGUGACGGGGCCUCAGCACCGGUGCUGCACGGCGAGACGGCGUCUGCCCGGCCCCUCGCUCGGGGCAGAGGAGUUCUUAGUUAUUAGCAAGGUGCUUGGGGACAUUGGGGAACGGGGCUUGGCCUCAAAGGGGUGGCGACUCGAUAGACUAGCGGGGGGAGUGACAGGGCUAGUCCCUCUAAUCAGGCCACGUGACUCCGCCCACAUGAGUGGUAAACCGGCGGAUGCCACCCCAGUUCUACAGACACAAUCCUUUGGCUGUAGAGCUGGAUCCGCCGGUUACGCCCAGCAGAGGGCGCUCUUUCCACCCACAGGGGAGGGCGGGCAAAAACUGGCCUGGGCCAGCAGGUUCACCCCCCACCACCCGCCUCAUACACACUGCCCCUAGCCCUGUGUGGCCUCAGCUCCAGGAGGAAAACAAGUCAUACUGAAUGAAAUCUUUUACUAAGUGUUCA